GGCCAAACUUGGCUAAAAUAUACACUUUUAUAAUACCGUUGCCAUGGUACGUAGCGUACGUACCCGCCGCCUGUAUACAAACAUUCGACGUAAUAAUACGCGAAUCGAAUAGUUUUUAUUAUUGCUGUGGAAAAUAACGCGAAUAUACGAUUCGGUCCUUCGAGCCGGUCAGCGGGUUUCGAACCGAACCAUCCUCAGUGAUUUGUGCGGGUCACAAAAAAAUUUGUAUGUUUUUGCUGUGGCAGUUAUUGAAUUAUAUAUAUCCUAGUUUACGUCCACCCCUGGUAUAAUUACAGGUUGUCAUAGCAACUGACGGACGGCCGUUUAAUUAGCGUCAAAAUUUGGUAAUUAGAUUGGGGACUUUCUUAAAAAGUUCAAUUUUAUACUCAGGAGUAUAAAAAUGGUACUUCCAUAGACUAAUAGGAAUAAUGUAUAUAAAAAUGAUGAUUUAAAAGGCAAGCACAGGCGUAGUAUGGUCUUUAAUCUUAGCAGUAUAUAAAAUAUGUAGGUAAAGGGACGGACUGAAGAAUUUUUUUACGGUUUUUAAGAUCAAAUCAAGCGCUCUAACGCAAAAACAUUCAAAAAUGUCCUCGUAAUUAAAAAGAAACAUAAAAAGAGACUAUUUGUAUAUAUCAAAGUGGACUGAAAAAUGGAAGAAGUGUCGAUCCAGGACUGGCCUGGCCCUCCCUUGGAUUUAAAUUCGGGAAACAAUCCCUGGAUGCCCGCAUACGGAUACCAAACGCCAAACGCCCUGCUGGAAAAGGAGGAUUUUAUUGGGAAUCCAGAUGCAGAAUAUUUCUUUCAAAAUGCCUCGACCAACUACAUGUACCUGGAAACGAUCCAGGAGGAGACUUCCGACGAUCUCAGGUCCGACAGCGACGGCGAAUCCAGAAACUCACCGGUGGGAUGGCUGGCGACCGACUCCGAAGAUGGAAGUGUCAUUUUUACCAGCAGAAUUGAAGACCUGGACUGCGACUCAGACCGUGAAUUAGCCUGCCCGCCAAAACGUCGCAGACAAGACUCAAACUAUUUACAACUGCCUCCUGAUGACGCCCAAGAAGACGAAACGUCCUUGAGCCGAUCGAGCAGUUUACUGCAAUUCGAAUCGUUAGAGCAACAGUGUCGUGACAGUACCAGCUCGCCGAAUUUACUUAACCAAUUCACUUUGGACCUCUUGGAGGACAUCGAGGGCGGCAGGAGGAGGUUUUCCAGCGAGGAUUUCAGUCAGGACUACGAUGGCAGCGUUUUUAGAAGCUUCGGGGGUAAUAUAGACAAGUCAGAACAGAGUGAGAGCAGAGACUCUUUGCUCUACAAUGCCUCGUUGCGUUAUAGCAGCAGCAGCAGCUCCGAUUCUACUGACUCCGACAACACCGUAGAGAACUCGAGAUCGUGUGACAAUUUAAAAACAUGGCGCAGCUUCGACAACUUGCCGCUGUCAAACCACCACAGCCCCCCGAAGAAAUUCUCCAGCGAAAAUCUGAGCGAGGAUAGCGGCUAUGGUGAUCAACUGCUGCUGACUUCGUUGAAUAGUAGCUACAGUAAGACUAAAGGUGCUCUAAGCAGUAGCGCUGGACAUUUGGAUAAGGGCAGAGCCGAGUUGGAGAGUAAUUAUAAAAUGGCUGAGGCUAGAAGUGGCAGACACGUCAGGGAGAAGAGGAAUAGUUAUGUGGGGUUCGGGGCGUACGAUUGUGAUGUGUAUCAGAACUUCAACAACAACAACUUUGGCAUCUCCUACCAAGACCUAACGCGGCUCGACCAGCACCACCGCGAUCCGCCCCUAACCACCAGUUCCUCGCCCCUAACGGACGCAUUCUUGCGCAAAAAACACGCGCAAAAACUGCUUAGUAACCAUCAGCAUGAGGCUGCGAUCAACCUAAAUAUAAAAUUAGACAUCAAUAGGGAACACGCUAAAUUUAGCGACGGGCCGCAUGCCGCCAGCGUUCCCGAUCUUCUGCACCACACCGCAGUUCCAACAUCGCCGUUCGACCAACGUAAAAUAUUCAUCAGCGUGCCGAAGGAUUUGAACUUUGUCGCGUUCCAGUGCGAGAACAGUUCGGUAGCUGAGAAAGACUGGAAUUUAGCUGAUCUGGUGGUAGUCCAUAGUGGUGGUGACGUCGCCAUGGCGAAUUAUAAACGGGAGGGUAGCUACAGCGAGGCGAUGACCAAUAGGGUCGACCUGAGCGACGACGAGAACUCCUUGCUCAACCGCAGGUUGCCCAAACAUCCGAUCGUUGAUUUCGAUAAAAAAGUGCUAAAAGCCAUCUCGGAACAGUCCAUUCAGAGUUUGAUAAGUAGCACCAAUAGUCUACAUAAGAUGGAGGUGAACCAUCAGGUGAUUAACACCUCGACUCCGGUAAAACGACUUCAGUCUUGCGCAGUGUCCACGCCCAAUUUGAACCGGAUUCAACCGGUUCAGCGUGCUAAAGAUCCCUAUUUCGAUGACGACAGGAGGAAAAGUACUCACGAGAUAAGCGCUGUUAAAUAUGACACCAGUAAGAUAGAGGAGGAUAGGAAUAAAAAUAUCUUGUUAGACUGUAGCAACAGUGAGUGCGAGGAGGGUUUCAGGAGGAAGGGGUCGAUAAUUAAAAGUAGCACCAGCACUUCCGGUAUGAGCGAUAUCGAGGAAAAGUAUCAGAGCCUGAAGGAUUCCGUGAGGAGUUUCAGCGGAAGCAGUGGGAGUAAAGGUGUCCAUUUCUCACCGGUGGUCGCGGAAGUAAACUGGCGCGAUGACGUCAGCACCUCGACAGUAACUCCCGACCGUGAGUCACUUUACUCACUAAACUCCUCCUCACCGGAACCAUUGAGAAGAGAGUCUCCGAAACUUCUUAAGCCACGCCCUCAGUAUCCGAACUCGCACAGCAGGAGGAGCGUGAGUCAACCGGACUUGAGCGACAGUGAGUGCAAGAGGGAGUUUAUUGACUCGUUGAAUAAUUUGAGGAGGUAUGAGGCGGGGGCUGGGAGUAUGAGUUUGAGUAAGAGCCAGCCGGAUGUGAGCAAGUUUAAGAGGAGAGGUUCGCAAUUGAUCAAAAAAGACAAGGAUGGAUGUACUGUUAAGGCUUACGUGGACGUAGAUGGAGUGCAAUACAAACACACCCAUCUGGAUCUUAACAGCUUAAGUCAGACUUCUUUGAAUGAUCCAAAUGCAAAACACACGGGCGUCGUGCAACAUCAAAACGCGACGUCGGGCGGCGGCGUCGCGACGCACAAAAAUAGUUUCACGUCCAAGUUCCCCCUCUCCCAGCCGUUGAUGCCCGCCACCCGCACCAAUAACACCGAAGAAAACAAAGUCGCAUCGGCGAAACAAUCGACGCACGUACAAAAACAGUCGAGUAGCGCGAAGAUCAUGGCGACCACCGGCGGUACUGGCGCGUUCGUGGAUUCGGGUGGUGCUGCCAGUACGACGACGUCCAAGAGGAAAAACAAAUCGGGACUCGGUGGUUUUCUGCAAAGGUUGGCGAGUUUUCGGUUGGGCGCCAAAAAGGGUCAGGACCAGAAGGAUAAAGUGAAGAGGAAGGUGCAGAAUGGAACUACCAAUUCAGCCCUUGCGCAGCAACGCACCCUGCCUAAUCCGGAACUACAACAACAGAACCCGAGCUACAUCUACAUACCACUAAAAGGUCCACCGAGCAGCACCCCAUCGGAAAACAAUAAUGUCCAUAAAGGGGAGUCCAACCCUGGGGCGGUGGUGGUGGCGGCGAAGCCGCCCCUGCCCAAACAGCCGCCCCCCCGAGUGGUGCACGCGAGCGUCAAAAAGGCGGCGCAUGCGUCCGCGUCAUUGGACGAGCGACGUCGACGACGCACAAUCGAUUCCGCCAUCGGCAGCAGCCACGGCGUCACGGCGGCGGUGCCCAGGGGCGUCGGGGAUGGUUCUAUGGACGGACCGAUGGGGUUGAUCGAGACUGACCUGGACACUGAAGUUACUGUUAUAACCAAUGGCGCAAACGCGAAAGCGCGCAGCCUACUAGAUCUGGGCGUGGCCGAGCCACGCCUAAAAGUACCCAACAAUCCGGAUGGGUCGCAGAACGGUUCCGGUAGGCCUCACAAAUCUAUGGAGUUCCUUUUAGAUAAGCAGAAUUUGAAAGUGGUCGAGCCUCCCGAAAAUGAACUCCAAAAAACCGAACGCGUCAUGUCCGAACACGAACUGAGAGUACAGCGCAGCCUCCAAAAACUCACCGUGCCCGACUGGUACAAAAACUCCCAAAUACCCGGCCAGGGGUUCCUGCUCAAGAAGAACCAACAGCCGCGAGAAUCCAGAUGGACGGGCACCACCGGCUCCAAGACCACCAGCUUAAGUUCACUGGGUUCGGGCACCCAGAGCCCCUUAAUACUCAGCCCCACACCGACCAGUCAACCGUUCGUCAGGUGGAGCACCUCGAAACUGAACAGCACCGCCUCCUCCCCAUGCCAGAGCACCCGCAGCAGUUUCAACCAGGGCAGUAGACAACCGAACGGUAGCAUUUCACCCAGCAGUGUCAGAUCCAGCUUCAGCUACAGACAGCCAUACUUAGGGUGGAGAUCGCAGGAGCGUCUCAAUCGGCCUAGGACCCCCGCGGAACGUUUGGCGAGCACCCUGCUUACGAGACAACCCCAAGAGAAUCCAGAGAUCCAGACUUCGAUCAAGGAGGUUACUUCCGCGAUCGUACAUUACGUAAGCGGAUUGAAACCGAGCGAGGAUCAAGAGAACAGCCGGUCCAGUUCGGUGUCUCCGAGGGGUAGUCAGAAACUUUGUUGGUUGGAGAGUUCUUUUGUUGGUACGAAACCUUUGGAUAGUCCGGAGACUCCGGUUACUUGCUCAGAGAGUCCGGUGCCGCCUCCGACGCAGAGUUUGAGGCUGGAGCUACAGAAUCAUAACUUGGCAACCCUGUCAGCGAACGACACCAGGGUGCGUCCCUCCCCGAGCUCAACUACCCUCGAGGACGUGUUGGACUCGCUCUUAGGGUUGCCACCCUCCGGGAGGGCAACGAGCCCUUGCCUGCAAGAGACAGUGUCAGCUAGCACUAGCCCGCAGCGUCGUGCGAGCGACGCAGAAACCGACGGCGCAGCGUACCGACGUCGCUCAGAAGGUUCAGAACCGGCCGCGGUCAAAUUGGACCCGUCGCUACCGGCGGUCGCGAUGCUACGUUGCCGCUACUCGCGUUGCAACAAAACGGCGUUGCCGACGUCCAAGGAGGCACGCUCGUUCAAGAACUGCCACAAUUGCUCGUAUACGUAUUGCUCAAGGACGUGCCGCAGGAGCCACUGGGAACGGCAUCGGAAAACCUGUUUGUUUUCGAGGAUGGGAACGUUGUGUCGACAGGUGAUUCAAGCGGUAAGAGAUCAAAAGGACACACUAAGAGAACUCUCGAAGGUGGGACGAAGAGGUUACAUCUCACACGGCCUGGGGGCGGUGAAAUGUUUCUAUCCAAACCCAGAGGCGGCCGAAAAGUUCUUAGCCGACGGUCUGCAAAGUUUGGGGGAAUUGACGUUUGUCCGUUGGCAAGACCUGUUACCUACAGAAAUGGGUCCGAUGCUCUACAAAGAAUUGGUGGAGAUGUGCCAGAACUAUAACCCUGAGACGAAGUUUGUGCUCUAUAUAUCGCUGUGCGUUAUCUCGGAGACUCCCGCCUCUGGAGCGGUCAAAUGGGAGAGACAGCUCGUCUCCAGGUGUGCCAAACUGAGGCUGAGCAAAGAUCUUAAUUUUGUCGGUCCGGAGCUUGCCCCACGCGAAAUCGAACCGCCAGAAACCCUGAUCCUCACUUGUCCUCCUAUCAGACUGCCCACACCGGAAACCAGCAUGCGGGCACGCCUAAUCGCUUUCAAUAACCUUCAGGCUCAAUUGAGGGAUCGAGGGGUCUCCCUGAAACGUCAGUACCCGGAGAUUUACAAGCAAAUCGAUGAAUACUGCGAGGAUUUAACGAUUAAACCGGUGGCGCAGACGAUUUACCCCCGAAAUGCCACCACGAAUAAGAGUUUUAUGUGCAUCAUCAUGUUGGAGAGCGAUUUGGAGACUCUGAAGCAGGUGGAGAAGGCUGGAGUUAAGGUGCGGACUGUGGACUGUCUGUUAUCUUGUGAGACUACUACUAAUAUGUAGUCUUUAGGUGAUUACUACCUCUAUGUUGCUAUUGUUUAAGUUUGAAAUAGGUUAUUGGAGAAUUGCUCCUGCCACCAUCUGUUGGAGAAACAACCUUAACCUAGAAAAUGUUGCACUUGAUUGAUCCAAAUUAAACAUGUAUUUGACAGAUGCCGUCAAGAGAGAAUUGGCCCUCGAUAUAUUGAUAGAUUUUUACCAGUUGAAAUAUUAUAUAAAAUACGGACUUAUUGGAGUAUCUAAGGAUUUCUGAAAUUAAUUUCCUUUGGUUUGCUAUAAAUCAAAGCCAGGUACACACAUAACCUUUAAAUUAAAAUACACAAUUCCUUACUGCAAGAAUCCAGAAGAGGUUAUGAAUUCUGACAUUUGACAGUAACAACUUCCCCGCAAUAUUUAUUUAUAAUUUUCCGAAAUUAAUGGAAUAUCUAAGGUUCUUGUAAAAACUAAUUUUUUUUUGAUUUACCAUACACCAUACACAUAUGCUAAUUAAAAUCAGUUUAACUACAUAAUAGAAUUAAAGGCAUAAACAUAACCUAAAAUUCUAGUUUUUACAAAUAUUGACAAGAAUGACAGUUGACAGUGUUCAACGAAGCUAUCUUAGAAAAGGCUAAAAAUCCUCCCUUAGUUUCAAAGGUUUGUACAAAAUACAAUUUAUAAUUUUUUUUUUAGAAAUUUAUACUUAAUAAUAUAUGAUGUAAAAAGUAGGGUUAGGUGUGCUUACUUUGGAUAUUUUGACAUAUACAUAUAUACUUAUAUAAUUUUUCAUCCUCUGUGAUUUUUAAAAUAUAUAACAUUAAAGCAAAUAUUCUUAUAUAAACUAUAGGACUUUUGAACGUUUUGCUUCAAUUGUACAAACUCGUUGUUUUUAGUCAAAUAUUUUACGAAUUUGUUUUUAAUAUUAUAUAGUUCCCUUUUAUACUAUACAAUAAAUAAAUUAAUAUAAGUCCCUACAUAUAUAGGCAGAUAUUCGAUAAUAUUGUUGCAAUUUACGUUAGAUUUUUUUAUUAAAUAAAUGAAUUGUUAAAUAUUUAUAUAAUAGCCUAUAUUGUAAAAAUAAUGCUGAGAUUAAGACUUUUUUAUUUAUAGAUGAGAUGGGUUAGGGUUAUUCACGUGAUCCGCGAACGGUUUCAUUUUUAACAUAUUAGCGACACUUUUAUUCGUCAUCGUUGUCAUGUGCAUGUGGAAAUGUCAGAACAAUACGGAAUAAAGCAAUAUUGAAAAUUUAAAA